UACGGCAAACAAUAACAAAAUUGUGUUUCAUCGUAAAACAUAUUUUUACGAGCGAUGCUUGUUCUAUACGGUGACAGCUCGAUUAUUGUGUCUACGUUUUCUUGUAAUUGCUUAAUUUUUCUGAUUUGAACAAUUUUUUAAAUUUUCGACUAUUCUAACCUCAAAUAUGUCUAUAUGGGAAGAAAACCACAAAUAUACUGAAACACUCAAAAUUGUGUGCAUAUGUACUUUACAUAAACACAAAGAUAUCAUAGUAUACUAUAUAGUUUUGUAGUGUAGAGUUGAAGGCUGGCCACAUAACCAUAUGCUAUUCUGGGAGUUAGGAAAAAGAAUAGAAUUUCUCCUUUAAAUUUUUUUUAAGCUAGGUUUAGAGGCGAAUCCUACCAGGGAUCUCUCUUUGAUAGCUUAUAACUCCGUCCGUUGCUGUACGUAAAACUCUUGUAUAGUAGAUCAUAAGGCCCUUACAAAUCGACAAAACGCUUUGAGAAUAUCACAAAUUUGUUAAGACGGCUAUGUCCCCUGGUUCGCCGAAGAUAUGACUGCCGAGAUCUUGAAACCUUAUUCUUGCAUAAAUGUCUAUUGGACACUAUAAGAAACCUUACGAAUGCGACAAGAUGAAAUCUGCAAAGAGCGUGUAAAUCAGUAGAUCCAGGAGUUCUACUCUUGGUCAAAAUGAUCACGCAGUCGCAGAGGAGCUGUCCGUCGAGCAGUGCCUUCUAAGUGCACGCAAGAUCCAUUGGUCAAGUACUAGAACGCACGUCAAUGGAGAUCCAACUUGGUACCAUUUCGAUAUGGGCUUAGUCUGAUAAUAAAGUAGCAAUUUAUGGUAUUUCUAAUGUGGACAGACACUCUUUGACUAGCUUUGAGCACACAGUUAGGGAGUUCAGCACUAGUAUUGCCGAUUUGCUUUUGGAGUACAUUCUUACCUCCUUGAAGAGGAAAGAGGCUACUUCAUAGCAGGACGUCUACAGACACCUAAAUAGCAGCAACUUCUGCCUUGAAGACACUGCAAUGGUCUGGUACCCUAAAACUAAGAUUAACGGAGAGCUCCUUACAGAAAAUUCCCCUCCUAGCUUAGACUAAUCCGGGAAAAAGCACACUGCGCCAUUUCUCUAGCGCCACGAGUAGUGCCUGCGUCGCAGUAAACCAAAUUUUCAGGAAUACAGUUGAAAUUGGAGAGAAUUUCGGCGUGUCCUUGCUCGGACUCCUUCAUGGAACCAGCUGGACUAAGCAUUAGAGCGCACUUCGCACCAUUUCAACUGCCGGCUAUGUCCACGGAUGCUAUGUGUAAAACGUCAUAAAGUGCUAUUGUUAGUGUAGUCUGCAGUGCACCGGUGAUAUUGAUGAGAGCCGCUUUUUGGGCACAUUCAAGCUUCCUAGCAAGUGUGCCUUUUCGAGCGGCUUCCAGAGGAAUAUAGCCAAAACACCACUUUUGGUGAGAGACCACCUUUCUCAGUACAACUGCUCUAUAGCAAUAUAAGGCAACCCAUGCCUUCUUAACUAUCUUUUAAAUAUUUGGCCUGAAUGAAAGCUUUCCAUAAAGAAUAAAUCCUAGGUAUUUCACCUUAUCAACAGGCUAAAGGCGUGAGCCUCCGAAAGAGGGAAAAGGCACACUGGGAUCUUGUACCUCCUAGGGAAUGAGGCUUUUUCAGUUUUACUAGGGUUGACAGCUUCUAUUCGCCCUGUUGGAUACCACGCUGAGAUACCCUUCGGUCAGCUCGAAGAUGAUAUUUAAAAAUUUUAUUUAACAAUGUCAUCAGCGUGGGCUAUCACUCGACAGCCUACCGUUGGAUGACCUCGAUGACAACUUCAAUGAACCUUUAGCAAGAACUUCGAUUCAGUUUUUCAGUAUCAAUGCGUGUUUUUAUAUAUAUUUUUUUUAACUUUUUCAAAAUAUUUAAUUAGAAUAUAAUAGUUUUCGAAUCACCUCUCUAUAAAAUUUGCAGCGUUACUCUUGAAAAACGCCGAGCCAUAAAAUCACAAAUAUAAAUACACACUAAUAAGUGAUUUGCUCUCACUAGAAACAUUAUAAGUGUAUUUCAAAAUAGCAUUUUAUGAUGCUUUAAUUAAAAACAUAUACAGAUUAGCGCCGCAGUGCCCUUAAUUAAUCAAGUAAAAGCAAAAACAAAUUAGCUCGCAGCAAAAUCGCUAGCAUUGCGAAUAUAGAGCUAACGUGAAAAUAGACCUAUACAAACACACAAGUUUACGCACACAAAGAACUGUUGUUUUUGAGGCUCAGCAGUUUUGUGUCUACAAAAAUGUUCGCCACCAUACGGCAUCUGUUUGGUGGUGUCGUCGCCGCCGCCCAAACGGACCCACUAACACAUGUCUCCGAGCAACAACAUGCGCCGUCAGUGAAAAAGCCAACAAAAAUGUCAAAAAAAUUGCGACAACAACAGCAACUCGAACAAAUGCAACAAAUGCUAUUGCUCGACACCGAAACCUAUUCCAAUUUGCGUUAUGAGCGCACCAAACUCAGUCACAGCAGCCUGCUGCUGCAUCAGAUCGCACAAGACAGCACAACGGACGAGUGUAACGGUACGCUCGACACGCUCGUACCACUAACGUUUGCCUCGGCCGCAACACCGAUAAUAUUGCCCAGCGGUUAUCGCGGCACAACGCCUGCUGAUAAGCAACAAAACACCAACGUAAUACCUGGAACGCGUUUGCUUUCCGGCACAACACCGUCUCCCUCACCGCCGCCUGCGUCACAACUGCCGCCACCAACGUCAACGCGACAUACGCAUUCAUCGCCGCCACCAUCUACAGCGGACAGCGUGCCACCUGCCCUAAGUGGUGGUGGUUAUUCAACACAUUUGCCGCACGAUUACAGCCUCUGUGAUUCGUGUCGUCCGCUGCGUUUCCAAAAUUCGCUCAUAAAAUCGGGUAGUCCUAGUUCAGUGUCGCAAAAGAGUUAUAGCGCGACUUCAGCGCGUUAUCUCAAUUUAAAUUCGAGUGCGUCGAGUAAUCGUUUCAAUUCGCUGCCGCCGUCGUCGAUCGUGACGCCAACACCACCGCCGCCGCUACCUCUGACACAACAACAACAAUCCGCAGCACAGCCAGCGUCAUCGUAUCGCAGCUUUUAUCCUUUCUCUCGUUUACAGCCACGACGCACAACCAGCGCCAGCAUGUCGCAAUCCGGAGACGAUCUACACUCGCCCAGCUAUCUGUCCUGGCGCAAGCUGCAGCUGAGUCGCGCCAAACUAAAGGCGUCCAGCAAGACGUCGGCUUUACUUUCCGGUUUUGCCAUGGUCGCAAUGGUUGAGGUCCAAUUGGAUAGUAGCACCAAAGUGCCUGCCGGUAUGCUCGUCGCCUUCGCCAUCUGUACCACGCUGCUUGUGGCUGUACAUAUGUUGGCGCUUAUGAUCAGUACUUGUAUUUUACCAAAUAUCGAAACAGUUUGCAAUUUGCAUAGCAUCUCGUUGGUACACGAAUCACCGCAUGAACGCCUACACUGGUAUAUUGAAACGGCGUGGGCCUUCUCCACGCUACUCGGACUGAUACUCUUCCUGCUCGAGAUAGCUAUACUUUGUUGGGUGAAAUUUUAUGAUUUAAGUCAGCCAGCCGCUUGGUCGGCAUGCAUCGUACUUAUACCGGUAAUGAUAGUCUUCCUAGCGUUUGCGAUACAUUUCUAUCGUUCGCUUGUCACACAUAAAUACGAGGUUACCGUUUCGGGUAUACGCGAACUAGAGAUAUUGAAGGAACAAAUGGAACAGGAUCACAUCGAUACGCAUCAUCAUCAUCUGCAUCGUAAUAACGGUUUGAAUUAUGGCGCCAGUGGUGAAAUAGUUUAAACACCAUGCUUGACGAAAGUCCAUAGCCAUGUUAUUAUGGUGGUGACAGCUUGUUAUUUAUCGGGAAUACACUUUUUGUAUAUUUACACUGGAGAAGAGACAUCUGUAUGCGACCUCAUACAUUUAGGCGAUAAAGUUUUUAUACGCUACUUUUUACACGAAUAUAGACAUUGCUAACGACUAACAAAUAAUAAAUCAAAAUACAUUAUGUAUAUAUAUUUUUAUGUAGGUUAGUCAUUUGUUAUUGUAUGUACACGAAAACCUAAUUGAAUUGAAUUCUCAAAGAAUUCAAAUACAAUUGUGAUAUUGGUAAAUGCGUUUUAAUUUCAAUUAUGAAAUGCAUUUUGGCAUAUCUUGUUUCAUUUAACGCUUAAUUUUUGUUAUUAUCGUAAUACAUAUAAAUUUAUAUAAUUGAAAUGUGUUUAUGUAAGCUUUAAAGUAAGCGUUGUUAAAGAAAUACUUUGUGCACUUGCAAAUUAAUACGUUGCCAAGCUACGCAAAUAAUUAAUUAUUAUUUACCAGCAAUAUUGUAGAUUUACGCUGUGAAAGAGUCAUUGGCAGUUGCCGGUGUGGAGCGCCAACAAAGCCAUUUAGAUGCAGUGCAAACAGGUGCAAAUCGAAUAUGUUCUUUAUUCAACUGCAUAUCAACUAAAAAUGAUUCUUUCACAUUUAUCCAUCAAACUACCUUAAUUUACUUAAUUUUUAAAAUACUAUUUUUAACAUAGAUUUAAGGAUAUGUAAUUAAAGAUAUAACUUGAAAAAUAUAAGCAAUGGUAAUUAAUUUGACAGCGAAACUAAAUCAAAAAAAUAUUUUUAUAAAAUAAAGGUAGCUAAAAACAUGAAAAGUUGUUAAA